AAUGGCUUCUGAUUCUGUUUGUAAGAAAACAUCACCACCACUCGAGGCAAAGGAUACGAUAAGUAAAGGCCCUGUAGAUGAAUCUAGUAUAUCAGAGAUUUCGAAUCGCCUACACACAACUCGUAUAAAAUCUUCUCAUACAAAGCCAGACUGCAAGCCCAGGGCUUUUGAACCUCCUAAUCAACCUGGUCUUGGCCUUAAGAUGUGCCCGAAAAUUGAAGGAUUAGAGGAGAGAUUUAGAGGUAAAGGGGAGCCACAGUCAAUCAGUGAAAGGUUAUAUUCAGCUACCACAAAGUCUACCAGAGCUCGAAAAGAACCUUUGAAAAUCCUACUUUAUCCUGAGAGGACUCUAUUAACAAAUACACCAAAGAGAAUACAAGCUUAUCAAGAAAAUGGUCUUGUGGCUAAACAAGAAACACUAGAAAGACGAGAAAAAUGGUAUAGAUAA